AUGGCGCUCGUGCUCCCCCUGCUGGACAUGCGCGCUACUGCAGCUAGUUUUAGCAGCAGCUGCCGCGUUCUGGCAGAUUACAUAAUCACAUCAUUGAACAAUGAAAGCAAAGUGGAGGAAUUUAUUAUUUUGGGAUUUCCUGGAGCUACACCGUUACCGCACAUUUUCUUCGUGCUACUAAUGAUUACCUACUUAGUAACUCUCUUAAGCAACUGCAUGAUUGUACUAAUUAUAUCUACAGAACAAAAUCUUCAAACGCCCAUGUAUUUUUACCUUCGAAGUUUCUCUUUGUUGGAAAUUUGUUAUGUUUCUGUUAUUGUCCCCAAGUUACUGGCCACAAUUACUCCACAUGGAAAACUUAUUUCAUUUUGCAACUGCAUAAUGCAAUUGUUUCUCUUCUUCUAUUUUGCAGCUGCUGAGUGUUUCUUGUUGGGUAUUAUGGCAUUUGACCGUUAUUUGGCCAUAUGCAACCCCCUCCAUUACUCUGCACUCAUGAGUAUUUACAUGUGUCGAAAUCUUAUGCUAGGUUCCUGGCUGGGAAGUUUUGCUGUGACAUUUCCAGCUGUCAUGUCUAUCUCCCAGCUUUCAUUUUGUGGUAAUAAUUUUAUUAACCAUUUUUUUUGUGAUGCACCCCCUCUUUUAAAGCUUUCAUGUGGCAAUACAUCCUCAAGUGACCUUCUUGGCUUCAUCUCUACCAUUGUAGUAGUAUUAACUUCAUUCUGCACUAUAAUGUUCUCCUACCUUUAUAUUUUAAGAACAGUGCAAAAAAUGUGUUCCUCUGAAGGACGAAAAAAAGCAUUUUCCACUUGUGGUUCUCAUUUGAUUGUGGUUGUCAUUUAUUACAGCACUGUAACAUUUAUGUAUGCUAGACCAAAAUUGAGUUUUGCAUUUACACUUAAUCGAGUGGUUGCAGUGUUCUACACAGUAAUAACACCUAUUCUGAACCCUAUGAUAUACUGUUUAAGGAAUAGAAUUGUUAUAGAUUCCAUUAGAAAAAAAAUAUUAUUUCUAAAAGAUUUUCCAUAG